AUUCUAAUGUUACUCUGGAGAUUCCUGCACCUCCUGUGAAGGCAGGAAGUGAUGUCACUCUGCGCUGUAGAAGCAACGAUCAGGUCGCACUCGAAGCCUUUUUCAUCAGGGAUGGAUUUAUCAUUGGAUCUGGACCUGAAGGACAGUUUACCAUCAGGAACAUCAAUCAGUCUGAUGAAGGUCCCUACUGGUGUUAUUUUGAUCAGACUGCUGAAUCUCCUCGGAGAUGGCUGAGCGUCAGAGAUGAUGAGGCUCAGGUUAUUCUGGAGAUUUCUGCACUUCCUGUAAUGGCAGGAAGUGAUGUCACUCUGCACUGUAGAACGAAAGAUAACAUCUCACACGAAGCCUUCUUCAUCAGAGAUGGUUCUAAACUUGGAUCUGGAACUAAAAAACAGUUUACCAUCAACAACUUCAGUCAGUCUGAUGAAGGUCUCUACUGGUGUUAUUUUGAUCAGACUGCUGAAUCUCCUCACAGAUGGCUGAGCGUCAGAGAUUCUCAGGUUAUUCUGGAGAUUCCUGCACUUCCUCUGAAGGCAGGAAAUGAUGUCACUCUGCGCUGUAGAAGCAAACAUCAGGUCGCACUCGAAGCCUUUUUCAUCAGGGAUGGUUCUAAACUUGGAUCUGGACCUGAAGGACAGUUUACCAUCAGGAACAUCAGUCAGUCUGAUGAAGGUCUCUACUGGUGUUAUUUUGAUCAGUCUGCUGAAUCUCCUCGGAGAUGGCUGAGCGUCAGAGGUCCUCCUGCUCCUCUUCCUUCUCCUCCUCCCCUCUCUCCCUUCCCCUCCUUGUUGGAGCCGCUGUGGGUUCUCUGGUUCUCCUGGUUCUGGUCCUGGUUGGAGUUCUGUGGCUCUGCAGGAAUCAAACAG